AAGGUUAAAAAAAACAAACAUAAGAGAGUGAGUGGGUCCCGCGACAGACAAGACUCUCUUCCUUCCAUUCUCAACACCAACUGUCUCUUCAUCCAUCGAUGUCUAUAACACCAUCACCCUUUCCCGCUUUCCACGAACCUUCUUUCUCUUCUUCUUCCUUUCUCUCUCUCUCUCACACACAGUUACAAUCUUUUCUUUCCAAUCCUCAAUCACAAUCAAUCUCAUGUUCACUGCAACUACUUUCAACGCUCUUCACUUCCUUACUCUCCUUUCGGAGUAGGCGGUAAGAUUUUGAGGUGUAUGAAGGAGCUAUUCACUGUCCUGUGACACUUGCGCGCCACUUAUUUGUCGAAUUCUACCUUGUUCUUGAACUGGGCUACAGUGAUGAAUUUUCAGCAAGACAAAUUUGUUAGAUUUCGUGAUUGGAAUUCAGAGAAGGAUUCUGAGAGCAGCUCUCCUGCAAUUCAUGUAGAACGCCCAGGGGGAGUCAAGAAUACACUAAAUUCAGUUUCUGAGAAGUUUCAAAGGGGUUUGGAAUCCAGUUCAGAGGGGAUGAAGAGAUUUAGAAAAUCAUUCAAAUCUCUUCCCUAUAACAGAGUUCUCUCUGGAAGUUUUAGUUCUGGAAAGAAAAUUCUUGAUCCCCAGGGUCCUUUCCUUCAAAAGUGGAAUAAGAUAUUUGUAUUAUCAUGUCUUAUUGCUGUGUCACUUGAUCCUUUGUUCUUCUAUGUUCCGGUGAUCGAUGAUAACAAUAAAUGUCUUUCUCUGGACAGAAAAAUGGAAAUUACAGCAACUGUUUUAAGAUCUUUCUCUGAUAUUUUUUAUAUAAUCCAUAUAAUUUUCCAAUUUCGUACCGGAUUCAUUGCUCCCUCUUCUCGAGUAUUUGGAAGAGGUGUUUUGGUUGAAGAUACUUGGGUAAUAGCAAUGCGGUAUCUAUCAUCAUACUUCUUAAUUGACAUUCUUGCCGUUCUUCCCCUCCCGCAGGUGGCAAUUCUAAUUAUCAUUCCCAAGUUGAGGGGCUCUGAAUCACUGAAUACAAAGACCUUGCUGAAAUUUAUUGUCUUCUUCCAGUACAUCCCACGAUUUUUGCGAUUAAUUCCAUUAUAUAAAGAAGUUACUAGGACCUCUGGCAUCCUCACUGAAACAGCUUGGGCUGGAGCUGCAUUCAAUCUCUUUCUGUACAUGCUAGCAAGUCAUGUUAUUGGUGCCUUUUGGUACUUGUUUUCUAUAGAAAGAGAAACCACAUGCUGGCAAGAUGCGUGUCGAGGAAAUAGCACAUGUAACACAGAAGCUAUGUAUUGUGAUAAUCAUCAAGUUUUGGGCUCUAUUUCAGUAUUCCUGAAUGCUUCUUGCCCAAUACUGGACCAAAAUACAACACUCUUUAAUUUUGGAAUAUUUCUUGAUGCCCUUCAAUCUGGAGUUGUGGAGUCAAGAGAUUUCCCACAGAAGUUCUUUUAUUGUUUUUGGUGGGGCCUACGAAAUUUGAGUUCUCUUGGUCAGAACCUUGCAACAAGUACCUAUGUUUGGGAAAUCUGCUUUGCAAUUUUCAUUUCAAUUGCUGGUUUGGUAUUAUUUGCAUUCCUCAUUGGAAAUAUGCAGACAUAUUUGCAGUCAACGACUACCAGAUUGGAGGAAAUGAGAGUAAAAAGGAGAGAUGCUGAGCAGUGGAUGUCUCAUCGAUUACUCCCUGACAGCCUGAGAGAAAGAAUCAGACGACAUGAGCAGUACAAAUGGCAAGAAACCAGAGGUGUUGAUGAAGACAACUUGAUCCGAGAUCUUCCAAAGGAUUUGAGAAGGGAUAUUAAGCGUCAUCUUUGCUUGGCUUUGCUGAUGAGGGUGCCAAUGUUUGAGAAAAUGGAUGAGCAACUUCUGGAUGCAAUGUGUGACAAACUCCAGCCAGUGCUAUACACAGAAGAAAGCUGCAUUGUCCGGGAAGGAGAUCCUGUUGAUGAGAUGCUCUUCAUAAUGCGCGGCAAGCUAUUGACUGUAACCACUAAUGGUGGAAGAACAGGCUUCUUUAACUCUGAAUACCUCAAAGCUGGUGACUUUUGUGGAGAGGAACUUCUCACAUGGGCUUUAGAUCCUCACUCCUCAUCCAACCUUCCUAUAUCAACUAGGACUGUCCAAACUCUUUCAGAAGUGGAAGCAUUUGCUCUAAAAGCGGAUGACUUGAAGUUUGUUGCUUCACAGUUCCGGCGCCUUCAUAGUAAGCAGCUUCGUCACACUUUCAGGUUUUAUUCACAACAAUGGCGUACAUGGGCUGCAUGUUUCAUACAAGCAGCGUGGAGGCGUUAUAGUAAAAAGAAGCUGGAAGAGUCUCUGAGGGAAGAAGAGAAUCGUUUGCAAGAUGCAUUAGCCAAAGCAGGUGGUAGCUCACCUAGUCUAGGUGCCACAAUAUAUGCUUCAAGGUUUGCAGCUAAUGCACUCAGACUUUUACGUAGAAAUAGCACAAGAAAGACCAGGCUGCCCGAAAGAAUAUCACCCAUGCUGCUGCAGAAGCCUGCUGAGCCUGAUUUUACUUCCGAAGAACAAUAGUUGUCGACGAAUAAUAGGUUGCGGAUGCCUGGUUCUGCAAGACAAGAAAAAAGGAUGAAAGUGAAGGAAAUAUUAACAUGAAAAUGACCUUUUUGAUAGAGGGCCAAAAUGGCAUUUCGUUUAUUUGUUUUAUUUUGUAAGUUAGUGUAACAUGUAAUGUCUAUAAAAUAUAAACUAUGAAGUUGUAUAUAUAUAUAUACAUCAUACAUAUAAAUAUACGAUUGUUGCAGAAGUCUUUUCAUUCGUGAAUGAAGCACAAAAUGAACUAUUUUUUCA